CUAUAAAUACUCCAUAAUAAAGUUCUGGUUAACUAAAUUUAAAUUUGUAUCUAUUUAUAAUUUUUUUUUACGACGCUUUUUACGAAUUCACAACAAUCUAACUUUUUAACUUGCAAUUUUAAAGAAUGAGUGAACGUAAAGUUUUAAAUAAAUAUUUUCCUCCAGAUUUUGAUCCAGCUGCUAUCCCGAGGAGAAAACAAGCUAAAGAUGCUCAGCAUAAGGUUCGACUCAUGACACCGUACGCUAUGAGAUGUGAUACGUGUGGAGAAUAUAUAUAUAAAGGAAAAAAAUUUAAUGCGCGUAAAGAAACUGUAGAAGGGGAAACCUAUUAUUCCAUAAAAAUAUUCAGAUUUUAUAUAAAAUGUCCAAGAUGUUCAGCGGAAAUUACAUUUAAGACUGAUCCAAAGAAUACAGAUUACGUAGCAGAGCAUGGAGCACAACGUAAUUUUGAACCAUGGAGGGAAGAGAGAUUAGCAGGAGAAGAAAGUAAAUUAUUAAAAGAAUUGGAGGAAGAAAAUAACCCAAUGAAAGCUUUAGAAAAUCGUACUAUUGAUUCAAAAAUAGAAAUGGAUGUUUUGGACGCAUUAGAUGAAAUUAGAACAAGAAAUGCGAGAAACGAAAGAGUUGAUGCUGAUGCUUUAUUAGACAAAUUAGUUGAUCAAGAUAUCGUUAAAGAAAAAUCUCAAGAAGAAUUAUUAGAAGAAGAGGAUAGUAAAUUAGCUAAAGCUAUAUUUCAUAAUGUUGAUGGUGAUUCUGUCAAAAGAAUUGCCGAUGACGAUGAACCAGAUUUAAAGCAAUUGCUCUCUGAUUCUGCAAAGUCUUUACUUUUACCAAAAUUUUCUUCUAAUGCUAAAAAUGAUGAGGAAGGAUCGUUAGCCAAACGAAAACAAAAACGUCCCGGAUCUGAACUUGGAGUAGUUGUUAAGAAAAGGAAGCAGGCUUCUACAACAUCAUCACCCAUAAAAGUUGAAUCUUCAAAUUUGUCUAAUACCACUAGUACCACUAUAAACAUUGAUCCUAAUUCAUCAAAUAAGAUUUCUAAUUCACUAGGUGCUUUAUUAGGUGCAUAUGGAUCGGAUUCUGAUAAUGAUGAUUAAGUUAAUAAUAAUAAAUAAAUAAUAUUUUAUACAUCUUUAAUAUUAUUUAUAAUUUUUUUUUUUACCAUAGGCAGUAAGCUCAUUAUACAGUAAUAUACAGUAUAUCACUUUUGAAUUUCAAUCGAAUCAAAUCGAUUUUUUUAUUUUCAUUUAUUAUUUGUUAAAUUAUUAAAAAAACUAAAUACCAAAAUACAAUAAUAUUAAUAGAAAAUGUAUUAUUAAUAAAAAA